AUGGCAACAAACUCAAACCACCGGGGCUGCAGGUCAUCGGCAACCUGCACCAAGUCGAAGGCCGGUUUCCGCACACGUACCUCCAACGCCUCUCCACGCAAUACGGCCCCGCCAUGUCUCUCAAGCUCGGAAUGCGGCGCCUCGUUGAAAUCACACGACGCCGUUUUCUCAAGCCGACCUGCUCUUGUCACCCUGUCGUAUGACCGCAUAGACGUCGCGUUUUCACCCUACAACGACACGUGGAGGAAGUUGAGGAAGAUCUCCACCCUCCAUCUCUUCAGCACCAAGCAAGGUCAAACAUUUCUGCCCAUUUUCAGAGACGAAGUGAGCAAGAUGAUGGAGAAGAUUGCUAGAGACGACUAUGUCUCUUUUAAGCAAUAUCAUCUCCAGAGUUGUGUUUGGGAAGAUUUGUGGAAAGGAUCGUUUCAUGGAUCUUCUUCGCGAAACUCAGCCCCUAAUUGGAGCCUCUCUGGAAUGGCUGCAAAGCUCGAUCAUAAUUUUCAUAACAUGGUUUCUUUCUGUGAGGAACUAAUUCAAGAGCAUAUGAAUCCUAAUAGGCCUAAAUCUGUGGAUGGUGACUUCAUUGAUAUUAUGUUAAGGAUUAAAGAAAAUGGAUCCUCUUCAUUUCCUCUUACAUUAGAACACAUCAAAGCUGUUUACGGUUAG